AUAUUGUUUAUAUGGGUGACAUACCAAAGGAAGAGGUUUCCACAUCUUCCGUUCACAUAAACAUGCUGCAAAACGUCAUUGGCAGGUGAUUAAAUUUCCCAUAAUAUUGGUGACAGAACAUUAUUUAUUUAUUUAUUUAUCUUUUUAUUUUUGUUUUAUUUUGCUUGGGUUUGUUAGAAUUGAUGAAAUUCAUUUGGAGGAAAAAAUCUUAUAAGCAUGUUAUACCAAUAAACUAUAUUAAUAAUAUCACUUAUAGGAUAUAUAUAUAUAUACCCAUAGGAUUUAGCUAUAGCAAAUAUUUAUUAUUUGAAAGACACAAGUUAAAUGGUUAAACAUGCACAUUACGGAGCAGAAACAAUUAAUAUAGCAUUACUAUAAAUAUAUAUAUAUAUAUUUUGGCCAAAUUUUAUCUUUUAUAUAUGAAAAAUACUAUUUGUGACCAUUGGUGAAUGAUAACCACUAAGAUCUACUAACAAUUUAAACGAUUAUAAUUUAAAAAGUUAAUUUUUAUGGCUUUCAAAUAAAAAAAAUAAAAUUAAAUACUUCAAUUAAAUUUUACCAUAUACAAUGGUGAUUACUAUUAAUAGUGAUAAAUAACAAGACUUUUUAUAAAUUGAGAUUACUAUAUAAUAUAUAUGUAAAUAAUAAAAAUGAAGUGGAAAUGAAAAAGAUAUUAAAAAAAUAUAUAUGCUCCUUAAAGUCAUUGUGUGAUGCUGUUGCAAUUUCACAAUCAACAGCGGACCUACAUAUUAAUUGGCAUUACAAUUUAAGUGGCUACAACAGCAGGAUCAUUUAAAUUGUUAAUUUUAAUUUAAAAUCAUUUGGACGAAGCUAAUUAAUUUUGGAUGAUAUUUGUCUCCACACUGAUGAAAAGGUACGCAUCCUUACUUUUACAUGGCACAUUAUCAUUUAUCAUUGGUUCAUUCAUAUUUUAUAAUCAAUUAAAAGGGCCUACUAAUUAAUAUUUUUAACCCUAUUUAAUUAUUAAUUAUUAUAUUUUAUGAGGCACGCCAUACAAUAAAUUAAUCAUCAUCAAAAUAACGAAUGUCUCCUAACUUGAAAAAACAAUAAAUAAAUAAGGAAUGUCUCCAGGAGAAAAACUUCUUUGUGAUGGUCAUAAUAUCUUAGCGGGUGCGACUGUCCAACCACAGAGAUUAACACAUGGCAGUUUUAAUUAAAACAAAAAAAAAAAAAAAAAGGAAAAAAGAAAAAAGAAAAGAUUAUAAUAUAUUGUCCAGGCUAAGGAAAUUAUUUCCAACGGCAAAGAUCGUCUCUUUGUUCUUCCUCGUCUCUGUAUUUUUCGUUUGUUUUCAUUGAUAUGAGUUGCAAUUGUUGAUGGUUUUUCACUAUAUCCCUAUUUCCAUUUUAAUUAAAAAAAAUGUAUUUUUACUCCCCUUUUGCUUGUGUUGAUUUCAAACGGAUUCCCAUACUGUUCUUAUUUCUCCGUGAUUUUGUUGUUAUAAUAAACCUUUAAUAAUACUUCCAUCCCUUUCUCUGCAACAUUUUACACUGUUUGCAUUGAUAGAAUAGGAGGGAGUAGAAAAUAAAAUAUUCAAAUCUUUGGUAAAUGAGGUAAAAAUGAAAAAAAAAAUAAAUAAAUGAAGGAAAGAGAAGGGAUUGAUUCUUUUAUUUUUACCGAGGAAAGAUAAUGAAUUGAUUCUUUUAUUUUAACCGAUUUUGUUUUCCUCCUAAAAUUGAUAGGUCAUAGAUGCGAAGAAAAAGGUUUUAACGAUUUCUUUAAUAUGCCAAAAUUGGCCAUAUUAUUAUUGUAUGAAAUUUUUUUAUUGUUUUUCAUAUCAUCCUUUUUUUUUUUUUUUUCCCCUUUCCAUUUACUUAAUCAUUCAAACAAGUAUUAAUAAAUAUAUUCCUUUCAUUUUUUUUUCCAUGAAUCCAAACAUAAUGUUAGAUUAAUUAGCAUACCCACAAAAGCAAUUUUUUUUAACCCAAUAUCUUAGUCCAAAACAAUUAUUGGUUUUCUCUUCCUUUUUUCUUUUUUUUUUUUUCGUUUACGUAAAAAUUUUUGACAAUUUUUCUAUUAUUCUUCAUAGACCCUAAGGCACAAUAUUAUCCGUUCAUCCUUUCUUCAAGCUUAAUGAUUUUUCUAACAGAAGGUAGAUAUGCACUCAGUAAAAUAUCUAAUAUCAGUUGAAGAUAAAGAAAGAUGCAGAGAUGGAGAAAGAAGGAAAAAAAUAAUACUCAAUAGUUUAUUAAAAUCUGAAUCGUGACACGUUCAUUUUGCCUUUUAUCUUUUCUAAUUAAAACAACCACAUGUCAAUCUGUGGUUAAAUGGUCACACCAGCCGAUGAGGUGCCACCGUCGCACAAAAGUUUUGUUGUGCCUCCACACUAGUGUAGUAACAAGUAUUUCCAUUAACUUUUAGGCUGUUGUAAUAUAUCCAAGGAUAAUUAUCACAAAUAGAAACAAAAGACUAAAGCAUAUUAAAAGAUUAGAAGGGAGAUUCUUGUGAAACACACAAUAAACUUAUCCAAUGUGUCAUCAUUCAGCAAUAAUAUUAAGCCAGCUGGAACUCUCCUCCAUAGCUACAAAAGGAGUUUCAAUGGAUUUGCUGCCAAGCUCACUAAGGAAGAGGCCGAAAAAAUGGCUGGUGGGAAUGGAGGGUGUAGUGUCAAUGUUCCCCAGCCAAAAGAUGAAGCUCCAUACAACAAAGUCAUGGGACUUCAUUGGGUUUCCGCAGAAUGUCAAAAGAAGCACAAUGGAAAGUAACAUCAUCAUAGGAGUAUUCGACACCGGAAUUUGGCCGGAAUCCAAAAGCUUUGACGAUAAAGGAUUUGGUCCACCACCCACCGAAUGGAAGGGCACUUGCCAAGUCUCAGCCAAUUUUACUUGCAACAACAAAAUUAUCGGAGCAAAGUAUUACAAAAGCGAUGGCUUCUUUGAAAAAGCUGAUCUAAAAUCUCCAAGGGAUUCGGAUGGCCAUGGGACACACACAGCAUCUACAGCUGCAGGAGGCCUAGUUAGCAUGGCAAAUCAACUAGGGUUUGGUUUGGGGACUGCAAGAGGAGGGGUCCCAUCAGCUCGUAUUGCUGUUUACAAAGUAUGUUGGUAUGAAGGCUGUGAUGACGCUGAUAUUUUAGCAGCAUUUGAUGAUGCAAUUUCUGAUGGGGUUGAUAUAAUCACGGCUUCUAUAGGAGGUACCUCGGUAAAUGAUUAUUUCAAGAGUGCAAUGGCAAUUGGAUCUUUUCAUGCCGCGAUAAAAGGAAUAUUGACAUCAAACUCUGCUGGUAACCGAGGUCCUGAACUGUCCACUCUCUCAAACUUUGCCCCAUGGUCUCUUUCUGUGGCUGCAGCCACCAUUAACAGGAAGUUCUUGACCAAGGUUCGCUUAGGUAACAACAACAUUUACGAGGGAAUUUCAAUUAACUCAUUUGAUCUCAAGAAUGAGACAUUUCCUCUUAUAUAUGGUGGUGACGCCCCAAAUACAAGCUCACAAUCCAGAUACUGUUUCCCAAACUCAUUGAACAAGAAUUUGGUGAAGGGUAAAAUUGUGAUCUGCGAUGUCCUUACAAAUGGAAGAGGACCAUUUUUAGCUGGAGCUGCUGGUCUUGUAAUGAAAGGCCGAGUCGUAGGAGAUGUAGUUGACUCUUUACCUUUGCCUGCAUCUUUCCUUAGUGUAGACGACGGUAGCAAGAUUAACACAUAUAUGAACUCGACAAGAAACGCAACUGCAUCCAUAUUCAGAAGUAACGAGGUAACAGAUAAGCUGGCUCCUUAUAUACCCUCAUUUUCGUCAAGGGGUCCAAAUCCAAUAUCACGUAAUAUUCUCAAGCCGGAUUUAGCUGCCCCAGGAGUUUAUAUUCUGGCAGCAUGGUCUCCAAUUGCUCCAAUUUCUGGCGUUGAAGGAGACGAUAGGGUAGUGAACUAUAAUAUAAUCUCAGGCACAUCAAUGGCUUGUCCACAUGCUUCGGCCACUGCCGCAUACAUCAAAUCAUUCCGUCCCACAUGGUCCCCUGCUGCUAUCAAGUCCUCUCUUAUAACUACUGCUAAACCCAUGAGAUCCGAUUUGAACCCUGAAUCUGAAUUUGCAUAUGGGUCCGGUCUGCUAAACCCUAUCAAAGCUCCAUUUCCUGGGUUGAUUUAUGAUAUUGAGGAGCUUGACUAUGUGAGAUUCUUGUGUGGAGAAGGCUACAAUACCAAGUUAGUGCAAAUUAUUACAGGGAACAUUAGCAUCGAGUGUCCCAAAGGGACUAAUGAAACAAUUAUUAUUGACCUGAACUAUCCUUCCUUUGCUCUUUCCACCCCAGCUUCAGAAUCUUUCAGUCGUGUUUUCCACAGGACAGUCACAAAUGUAGGGUCUCCAACUUCAACGUAUAAAGCUAACUUGAUUGGCCCAUUAGGAAUUAAUAUUACAGUUGAACCUAGUGUUUUAUCGUUCACAUCUCUCGGGCAAAAGCUAUCGUUUGCGCUGAAGAUAGAAGGAAAAUUAGAUGGAUUUUUGGAAUCUGCUUCAUUGUUGUGGGAUGAUGGUACUUUCCAAGUGAAGAGCCCUAUUGUCAUCUACGUUGCACUGUAAGGUAUUGCAUGCAUGUAUUAGCAUAAGAAAAUACAAGCCUUUGUUGUUGGUGUUUGAACUCCAUAUGCCAAGUUUGAAUAAUGACUUUGUACUCGCUGAUUCUUAAAAAGGAAGACAGUCAGGUGUUGUGCUGUCACAUAUAUAA